UUAAUUUAGUACUAGUGUCAAGGAAUCGCUAUGUCAUUAUGAGUGUGGACGCGUAUGCCCCAAAUUCUCAAUCCUUGACUUUCCUCGAAACUGAAGAGGACCUCAUUGGGGCCGACACUCAAGGAACUGACUAUGACUACACGGAUUUCACCCUACCGUCCCAGACUCAGUCUCAGACCCAAGCUUCACAGCUAGAACAUGGACAGAGUCAAAGCCAGGUUAAUGGUCCAGAGGCUCCAGUUCAGAAUGGUCUGGAUAAGGGAGUUACAUCGAUCACCCAGGGGGUGGGGGAGCUCAAUUUUGAGGAGGAGGAGGAGGAACAGUUUAUGAUGAAAGAUCUGCCCAAGCAUGCAUGCUCGUACUGUGGAAUUCAUGACCCUGCAUCUGUGGUGUUCUGUAACAGCACAAAGAAGUGGUUUUGCAAUGGAAGAGGGAAUACUUCUGGGAGUCACAUCAUCAAUCAUCUUGUGAGAGCCAAGGCUAAGGAAGUGACGCUGCACAAAGAUGGCCCCCUGGGAGAGACUGUGCUGGAGUGUUAUAACUGCGGCUGUCGGAAUGUUUUCCUCCUGGGCUUUAUUCCUGCCAAGGCAGACUCUGUGGUUGUACUGUUGUGUCGUCAGCCAUGUGCCACCCUUACCAACCUGAAGGAUAUGAACUGGGACCCGAGUCAGUGGCAGCCGUUGAUCCAGGACCGUCAGUUUCUGUCGUGGCUGGUCAAGGUUCCAUCGGACCAGGAGCAGAUGAGGAGCCGGCAGAUCUCGGCCCAGCAGAUCAACAAGCUGGAGGAACUCUGGAAGGACAACCCCGAGGCCACGCUGGAGGAUCUAGAAAAACCAGGGGUGGACGAAGAACCCACUCAGGUGUUACUAAGAUAUGAUGAUGCAUACCAGUACCAGAACAUCUUUGGCCCCCUGGUUAAGUUGGAGGCUGACUACGACAAGAAGCUGAAGGAGUCCCAGACCCAGGAUAACAUCGUAGUACGCUGGGAUGUCGGCCUUAACAAGAAGAGGAUCGCUUACUUCCACCUGCCAAAGGCCAAUGAUGAGAUGAAAUUGAUGCAUGGUGAUGAGCUGAGGCUUCGUUACCAGGGAGAGCUUCACAAACCCUGGUCAGGUGUAGGACAUGUCAUCAAGAUCCCUGACAACCAUAGUGAUGAAGUUGCCAUUGAAUUGAAGAGCAAUGCAGGAGUACCUACUGAGUGCACUCAUAACUUCGUGGUGGACUUUGUUUGGAAGUCAACUUCUUUUGACAGGAUGCAGGCAGCAUUGAAGACCUUUGCUGUAGACGAGACCUCAGUAUGGGGUUAUAUUUAUCACAAGCUCCUGGGACACGAGGUGGAGGAUGUUGUAAUAAAGUGUCAGCUCCCCAAGAGAUUCAGUGUCCCCAACCUGCCAGAACUCAACCACUCCCAGGUGUAUGCUGUCAAGACUGUGCUUCAGCGACCACUAAGUUUGAUCCAGGGUCCCCCAGGAACUGGUAAGACUGUGACUUCAGCCACCAUUGUGUACCACCUGGCCAAACAGAACAAUGGACAAGUAUUGGUGUGUGCUCCCUCUAACAUUGCUGUGGACCAACUGACUGAAAAGAUUCACAAAACUGGACUGAAGGUGGUGCGUUUGUGUGCCAAGAGCAGAGAGGCCAUUGAUUCACCUGUGUCCUUCUUGGCCCUCCACAACCAGAUCAGAAACAUGGAAAGUGUCCCUGAGUUACAAAAGCUGCAGCAGUUAAAGGAUGAGACAGGAGAGUUGUCCUCCACUGACGAGAAAAGAUACAGGUCACUGAAGAAGCAGUGUGAAAAGGAACUGUUACAGCAUGCUGAUGUGAUUUGUUGUACCUGUGUGGGAACAGGAGACCCCAGACUAGGAAAAAUGCAGUUUAGAUCAGUGCUGAUUGAUGAAAGUACACAAGCCACAGAACCGGAGUGUAUGAUUCCUGUAGUGCUAGGAUGUAGACAGUUGAUCCUGGUGGGUGACCAUUGCCAGCUGGGACCAGUGGUCAUGUGUAAGAAGGCUGCCCGGGCUGGGCUGUCCCAGUCCCUGUUUGAGCGAUUAGUGGUACUGGGCAUCAGACCCAUUCGUCUACAGGUCCAGUACAGAAUGCAUCCCGCUCUCAGUGCUUUCCCAUCCAACAUCUUCUACGAAGGAUCUCUACAAAAUGGAGUGGCUCCAGGUGAUCGCACAAGGAAAGGACUUGACAUCCCUUGGCCGCAAGGAGACAAACCUAUGUUCUUCUACACAACAUCUGGACAAGAGGAAAUUUCAAGUUCUGGAACUUCUUAUUUGAACAGAACUGAGGCUGCAAACGUAGAGAAGAUUGGUACAAGGUUUUUGAGGUCCAAUGUGAAGCCAGAGCAGAUAGGUAUCAUCACUCCGUACGAGGGACAGAGGGCUUACAUUGUACAAUACAUGCAGUACAGCGGAUCUCUGAACAAGAAAUUAUAUCAGGAGAUAGAGGUUGCUAGUGUAGAUGCUUUCCAAGGAAGAGAGAAGGAUUUCAUCAUUCUGUCUUGUGUGCGCUCCAAUGAACAUCAAGGAAUUGGUUUCCUUAAUGAUCCGAGACGUCUGAAUGUGGCCCUUACUCGGGCAAGGUAUGGUAUUAUAAUUGUUGGAAAUCCAAAGGUUUUGUCAAAGCAACCCCUUUGGAAUCACCUGCUAACUUACUACAAGGAGCAGAAGUGCUUGGUGGAGGGGCCCCUCAAUAAUCUGAAGGAGAGCAUGAUUCAGUUCAGCAAGCCCCGCAAACUGGUCAACACCUCCAACCCAGGAGGCCGAUUUAUGAGCAAUAUCAUGUUUGAUGCCCGGGAAGUGAUGAUUCCAGGCAGUGUGUACGAUAGAAGUCGAGGUUACAAUGAGCCUGUGGUUCGCACUCAUGAUCAGCUGAGUUACAUUGGUCCAGAAAGACAUUACACUGGCCCCGCUCUCAACAUCCCUGUCCCUGUCAAUAUGUUUAUGGCACCCAUGCCACAGCCCUUCAACGGCCAACAAGUACCAAUGGGUAACAGAAAUGCCCCGGCAGCAAGAGGAACUGGGCGUCGUCGUGGCACCAAGCCACCUCGCUAUAGUAACACUCAGUCCCAGCUGAGUAACUCCCAGUUCAGCCAGGGCAACAGUCAGAGCCAGGCAAGUCAGGAUGUGUCCCAGCCCUUCUCCCAGGGACCUCUGACCCAGGGCCCCAUGUCUAUGAGCCAACCUUUCCAGAUGAGUCAGCCAGGAUUGUCUGGACUCUCCCAGCCAGAACUCUCUCAGGACAGUUUCUUGGCGGAUGACUUCAAAUCUCAAGCAGACGGCAUGCUGUCCCAGGACUCCACCUACCAGGGCGACCGCAUGUUUUAUGCAUCUCAGCUGUCACAGGGUCCAUUUAAUUAGGACACCAGCAUAGCCAUCCUCUUUUAUGGCGGAGUUUGUUCUUAACUGAAAAUAACAAUGAUGCAAAUUGUAUUGAGAACUUGAAACUGACAUGUAGCAGUGUCUAAGAAUAUGACGAACUGCCUGCCUUACUGCAAUAGAGUCUACCCGCACUGAGUCACCAUAAACUGGCACCCCGCAAUCUCCGUCGGGGGGCUGGACACUCGUUCACAGCGAUUGCUCCAACCACCGACGGUCCAAAAUAACGGUGUGCUCACUGAAGUCUGAAGCAGAUCAGACAAAGCUCAGAUAGGUUUACACUCAAACAAGGGUGACCUAGCAGUAUGGGGCUAGGCCAGGUCUACCAUCUCUUACAAAGACACUGCCGGCUAGAUUGUGUGUACAAUGAUGAUGAUGUGUUAGAGUUGGCAUGUACCUAUUAUCUAUAGAAUUGAGAUGAUUCUGUUACUAUCAGUAGUCUGCGUGAUACAGUCAUGUCGCCACACUAAGACAGCCAUCUCGUCAACCAAAAAUUGAUUGUCACUUUAUAUCUGAUUAUUGUAAUUGCCAUCAUUUGUUGCCAUUUGUAUCUUUAUUCAGUUUCUGUGCUUUGUUUUCUUUUUUUAACCAUCGACUAGUAACUCGGGUUCUAAUUUUUGACUUGGAUGGAGUGAAUUAGAUUAACGAUACCUGCGGUGAUUCAUGAAUGUCAGCACUAUUAAAUUACACGUUCUGUGAUUUAUUAUCAAAGGGAUAAUAUUUUUUGGAAAUAUAAAAUCGGCCAUUUCACAAGAGAAAAUGAUGGACAAGAAAUUUUUUAUUCUUGGUAUAUCUGCAAAAA